CAGGCAGCUGGGGGGAGGGGGGUAUCCAGCGGAUGUGGGGGGGGGGAAGGGGCCGAUCCCCAGUCUCCCCUAGCCCCGGGCAAGCAGGUGACAGUUAGUGGGACGGACAGCAGUGAAGAUGGACUCCCCCCGAGGACUGUGGGAGGCAAGGAGGCUGCACCCCAAUCCUGCACCCCAAGAGGAGGCAGGGCCAAGCCAAUGGCCAGAAGCCCAGGACCAGGAGCCCCACAUGUUACAAGAUCUCACAUGCCCCCAGGUGUCUCUGCCUAGCUCGGAGAGGCGUGAGCCGCAGCGGGGCCCGGCUGACCCGCCCUGGGAGCCUGGCGUCCAGGCGCCAGUAACGUUCGAAGAGGUGGCCGUGUAUUUCACCGAGGACGAGUGGCGUCUCCUGGACGAAGGGCAGAGGCAGCUCUACAGGGAUGUCAUGCUGGAGAACUACACCAACCUCAGCUUCCUGGUCGCUCCGGUCUGGUCUAGAGUCUCACUUGAUCUUAUCCCGCCGCUGGCAGGAUUCCCGGUCCCCAAACUGGCCGUGAUCUCCCGGAUGGAGCGUGGGGAAGAGCCGUGCGUCCCGGAUCUCCAGGGCUCUGAGGGGAGGGAGAUCCCAGCCGGUGCCAGGACGGCGAGUGAGAAUCCCCACCAGAGAGUGGAUCUGCGCGGGACAUUCCCGUGGAGCUCGCAAGAGGACGUAUCCCAGAAUCCUCUAGGAGCUGAUCUGUGCGGGCAGUUUUCAGGGCGAUCCAAAGAGGACAUAUCCCAGCGUCCCUUGAGAGGAGAUCCAUGCAGGCUGUCCUCCACCCAGCAACCCAGAAGGGCCCGUCCAGGGGCGGGAGCGGGGGGCCGCCUGGGCCCGCCCAAGGGCCCCCGGCGCGGGGAGCGGCCCACCAUCUGCGGCGAGUGCGGGAAGGGCUUCCUGCAGAACUCGGACCUGGUGAAGCACCUCCGCACCCACACGGGCGAGAGGCCCUACCCCUGCCCCCAGUGCGGGAAAAGCUUCACCCAGAGCUCGGCCCUGACCCAGCACCUCCGCACCCACACGGGCGAGCGCCCCUACCCCUGCCCCCAGUGCGGGAAGCGCUUCACCGAGAGCUCCACCCUGGCCCAGCACCGGCGCGUCCACACCGGCGAACGGCCCUUCCGCUGUCACCAAUGCGGCAAGGCCUUCAGCCUCAGCUCCACCCUGAAGAAGCACCAGCGCACCCACACCGGCGAGCGGCCCUACGUGUGCGAGGCGUGCGGGAAGAGCUUCGCCGAGAGCUCCCACCUGGCCAACCACCAGCGCGUCCACACCGGGGAGCGGCCCUACCGGUGCAAGGAGUGCGGCCGGGGCUUCAACCACACCUCCACCCUCUUCAGGCACCAGCGCGUCCACACCGGCGAGCGGCCCUACCCCUGCGGGGACUGCGGCAAGGCCUUCAGCUGGACCACGGCCCUCAAGCAGCACCAGCGGGUCCACACGGGCGCCAAGCCGUACCGGUGCAGGGAGUGCGGCAAGGCCUUCAGCUGGAGCUCCACCCUCAACCAGCACCGGCAGGUCCACUCCGGGGAGAAGCCCCACGUCUGCCCCGAGUGCGGCCGCGCCUUCGCCCGCAGCUCCCACCUGGCGCAGCACCGGCUGGUGCACUCUGGGGAGAAGCCGUUCCAAUGCGGGCAGUGCCCGCGGGGCUUCAUCCAGAAUGCCCACCUGGUGUCCCACCGCCGGCUGCACGCCGCCCCCGCCGGGUCCCCCCAGGGCCAGGAGGAGGGCCCCGGCGACCGGGGCCGGGUUCAGCUCCCCCCGGGGCGGGGGGUCCGAUCCUGCCCCCGGGCUGGGGACUGGCUGGCUCAGCGUGGGCAGGGAAUGGGACCCAGGGCCUCUUAUCGCCCGGCGUAUCCCACUGCUGCCACCACGUGGCGAGCCGCAGCCCACAGCUCGCCCCCUGCUGCAGCGAACGCGUUCCAACGAGACGGCUCCACCUCCUGGGCUUCUCAGCCAGGAAGGAAGAGGGGACAGGCGAGCAAAGGGACCUUCCUGUUCCCAGCUCCUCGAGCCCGCCCCCCACCCCAGCCCCUGGGCUCGGCGGCGGGCUCCCUGGGCCCCGGGGGCCGGAUCGGGCUCCCCUGGGGUGGGGAAAAUCGUUCCCCUCUCCCCGCUCCGGUCGGCGUUGGCCUAUGGACGACCCCCGGAGCCAUGGAGCCCUCCCUGCAGCGCUGGGAGGCGGUGAGCAUCAAGGUGGAGGGAGAAGAGCCCAGUGCCACCGGGGAAGCCCAGCAGGGGGUGCUGGCUCUGAGUCCCUACCCCGAGGCUGCAUGCCCACUGGGCUGGGCUCUGAAAGAGGAGCCGGAGUUCCAGCAGGGAAUGGCAGGUGAUGGUGAAAGCCUGGGAUGGGAUCCGGUGCAGAAAGAUCUGGAGAAGGCUGAACUGCACCAGCUCUUAUCGAUAGCGGACGUCCCCCAAGUAGAGCUGGGUGAGGUGCUGUCUGGAGGACCUGAAGAAACCGUUCCCCAAGCGGAUCUGCUUCGGACGGUCUCUGGAGGGUCUGAAAGAGACGUUCCCCAACUGGAUCUGCGUGAGAUGUUCUCUGGAGGAUCUGAAGGAGAUGUUCCCCAUAUCAACCUGUGUGGGAUACCCUCAAGAGGCUCUGUAGGGGAGGUUCCCCGGGUGGAUCUGCAUGGGAGGCCCUCAGGAGGAGCCGAAGAGGAUGUUCCCCAAGCGGAUCUGCGGGGGACGUUCUCUGGAGGGUGGGAAGGGGUGGGCAUGCAGCAGCGGGGGGACCCUCCAGGGAGGAGCCAGGAGAAGCCAGCCCAGCAGGGCAGCCUCCCUGCCCCGGCCCCGGAGAAACCUUACAAGUGCUCGGUGUGCGAUAAAAGCUUCGGGCAGAGCUCCCACCUCAUCCAGCACCAGGUGUCGCACACGGGCGAAAAGCCUUACAAAUGCCCCGAGUGCGGCAAAGGCUUCACCUGGAGCUCAGCGCUGGCCCAGCACCGACGCAUCCACCGCGGCGAGAGACCUUUCGUCUGCCCGGACUGCGGCAAGAGCUUCAGCCAGAGCUCCAACCUGAGCACCCACCAGCGCACCCACACGGGCGAGAAGCCGUUCGUCUGCCCGGACUGCGGGCGCGGCUUCAGCCAGAGCUCCAACCUGGCGGCCCACCGGCGCACCCACACCGGCGAGCGCCACUACCGCUGCUAUGACUGCGGGCGGGGCUUCUUGGAGCGGGCGGCGCUGGCCGAGCACCAGCAGGGCCAUGCCGGGCAUCGGCCCUACACCUGCGGGCAGUGCGGCAAAGCCUUCGGGCAGAGCACCAAGCUGGCCCAGCACCAGCGCAUCCACACCGGCGAGCGGCCCUUCCGGUGCGAGGAGUGCGGCAAAGGCUUCAACGACGGCUCCUACCUGGUCAAGCACCGGCGGGUCCACACCGGCGAAAAGCGUUACCGCUGCCCAGUGUGUGGCAAAACCUUCAGCCAGACCUCCAACCUCAUCACCCACCAGACCACCCAUACCGGAGAAAAGCCUUUCCGGUGUGGGGACUGCGGGCGUAGCUUCAUCCGCCAGGCUCACCUGGCUGCCCACCGGCGCACUCACACCGGCGAGCGGCCGUACCAGUGUGCCCAGUGCGGGAGGUGCUUCUCCCAGCGCUCCACCUAUGCCCAGCACCGGCGCACCCACACCGGCGAGCGGCCUUACCGCUGCCCCGACUGCGGCCGGGGAUUCAGCCAGAACUCCAACCUGGCGGCUCACCGGCGCAUCCACACCGGUGAACGGCCCUACCAGUGUGGCCAGUGCGGCCGGUGUUUCGUCCAGAGCUCUGCCUUCACCCAGCACCAGAAGACCCACAAGAAGAGAGGGGGCCGGGGCUCGGACCUGCCGGGCCCAGGGGCGCCGGGCUCGGACCUGCCGGGCUCAGGGGCGCCGGGCUCGGACCUGCCGGGCCCAGGGGCGCCGGGCUCUGACCUGCCGGGCCCAGGGGCGCCGGGCUCGGACCUGCCGGGCCCAGGGCCGCCGGGCCCAGGGGCGCCGGGCUCGGACCUGCCGGGCCCAGGGGCGCCGGGCUCGGACCUGGCACAGAGGAAGCCCCGGCCGGCUGGGCCGGGAGCCCCGGGCCGGGGGGACGCGAAGGGCGAAGGCGACUUCCUGUUCCCGGCCUGCUCGGCGGCGCGUCGCCCGGCCGCGGGGCGGGGGCAGGGGGGGGCCCAGUCCCCGGCGCCGAGAUCCCCCCCGGCGUCGGCGCGGGGGGGGGGGAUUGCACAGGGAGCCGGGGUGCGGGGGGCUGCGAUGGAGGAGUGGGCUCUGCUGGAUGAGAGGCAGAGGGAGCUCUACCGGGACGUCAUGCAGGAGAACUAUGGGGACGCCAUUUCACUGGGAUUUCCCGUUCCCAAACCGGCUGUGAUCUCCUGGAUGGAGCGCGAGGAGGAGCCAUGCGACCCAGAUCUCCAGGGCUCCGAGGAACAGGAGAUCCCAGCAGGUGACGGGACGGCGAGCGACAACGAGGAAGAGGAGGUGGCCGAGCCUCCCCGGCAGGAGGAAGAGCCUCCAGGGCCGGAAGCCCCCAACCGCCCCGACUGGGCCGAAGCCUGCGAGAGCUUGUGCCGGCCCCCGCAGCGGGGGGGCCGCUGGGGCCCGUACGCCCGGCGGCGGCGGGUCAGCACCAGCCCCCGGGCCGAACCUCGCUUCUUCGACUGCCCCGACUGCGGGAAACGCUUCACGCUCAGCUCCCACCUCAUCCGGCACCAGCGGGUGCACACCGGCGAGCGCCCCUUCGCCUGCGGGGUGUGCGGGAAGAGCUUCUCGCAGCGCUCGGACCUGGGCCGCCACCAGCGCACCCACACGGGCGAGAAACUCUACCGCUGCACCCAGUGCCAGAAGAGCUUCAGCGAGAGCUCCCACCUCAUCCGCCACCAGAUCAUCCACUCCGGCGAGAAGCCCUUCAAGUGCAACGUCUGCGGCAAGAGCUAUGGCGACAGCUCCUACCUGGCCGUCCACCAGCGGGCCCACACCGGCGCCCGCCCCUACCGCUGCCCCCUCUGCGGCAAAAGCUUCGGACGCAGCUCCACCCUCAUCCGCCACCAGCGCGUCCACGCGGGCGACGGGACGCCCCCGGAGGGCCAGCCCGCCCUGCCCGGGCCCCCGCCGGCCCCGCGGCCCAACGCCCGCCACCUCCGGAUAGUGGGGUGGCAGUGGGGCGUGGAGUGAAGGGGGCGGGGUGGGGGGGGGCUGGGGAGCGGUCGGUCGCUGUUGGGGGGGUUGGUUGCCACAGUGGCUACGGAGGGGAUCAGUGCGUGCGUUACCCUGGUGAUUGGUCACUGUGGAGGGGAUUGGUGGGUUGGUUGCCAUGGUGGUUGGUAACUAGGGAGGAGAUUGGUAGGUUGGUUACCGCAGUGGUUGGUCACUACAGAGGGGAUUGGUGGGUUGGUUGCCAUGGUGGUUGGUAACUAGGGAGGAGAUUGGUAGGUUGGUUACCGCAGUGGUUGGUCACUACGGAGGGGAUUGGUGGGUUGGUUGCCAUGGUGGUUGGUAACUAGGGAGGGGAUUGGUGGGUUGGUUACCGCAGUGGUUGGUCACUACGGAGGGGAUUGGUGGGUUGGUUGCCAUGGUGGUUGGUAACUAGGGAGGAGAUUGGUGGGUUGGUUACCGCAGUGGUUGGUCACUACGGAGGGGAUUGGUGGGUUGGUUGCCAUGGUGGUUGGUAACUAGGGAGGAGAUUGGUGGGUUGGUUACCGCAGUGGUUGGUCACUACGGAGGGGAUUGGUGGGUUGGUUGCCAUGGUGGUUGGUAACUAGGGAGGAGAUUGGUAGGUUGGUUACCGCAGUGGUUGGUCACUACGGAGGGGAUUGGUGGGUUGGUUGCCAUGGGGUGGCUGGUAACUAGGGAGCAGAUUGGUGGGUUGGUCACCGCGGUGGUUGAUCGCUAGGGAGGGGAUUGGUGGGUUGGUUACUGCAGUGAUUAGUCACUAGGGUGGGGCUUGGUAGUGCAGUUACCAUGCUGACUGACCACUAACAGCGAUUGGUGGAUUGGUUCCCAUGGUGGUUAGUUGCUAGAGAGAGAAUUGCUGAUUUGGUUAGUAAGGAUGAUGGGUCACUCUUGAGAGAGGGAGGGGAUUGGUGGUUUGAUUACCAGGGUGAUUGUUGCUAAGGCGUUGAUUGGAGGUUCAGUUACUAGGGGCUACUGGUCACUCGGGAGCGACUGGAUUGAUGCUCUGUUUACUGGGUGUGAAAUAUUGUUCGGGGGCGGGGGGCGUUUGAGGUUUAAGGGAUUAAAUUUGGGUGACGGGGGACAGAUUUUGGUACUCCCCAAACCUUUGUAGCAUUUAAUGAUGGUGCCCAGGGGGUUCAUACCCAGGAACCCCCCUCAUCCCAGCUCACCAGGAAUCCCAACCAACACCACUGCCCACUUCCUAGUGCCCAAGUCAUGGGGCACCCCAUUCCUUCAGAUCUCCCCAUCUCUGGGCCUCUGCUUGGUUCAGAGGGGAGGGAGGUGGAUUGACAGCCUCGUGACAUGGGGGGCGCAUGAGGCAGGAUAGACUGACGCCCCCUCAUUCGGGGCAGCGUUCACAGCAUUCGCCGAUUUCAGAACCAGCUGCCAGGACAGAACAGGAACAGAGGUUUCAUCAGGGAGACGGGGCUGUCAGGCGCCCCGGGUGAAUCCUGUCCCUGGAGCACUGAGACACCGCGGACUCCACAUGGCAACGGGGAAAUGGAUGAGAACAAAUAUCUUCCUCUUAGAGAGUCAAUGGGGCAGAUCCCCAGCUGGGGUCACUCGGCCGUAGCUCCAUUAAGGUCAAUGGGGCCAGAUCCCCAGCUGGGGUCACUCGGCCGUAGCUCCAUUGAGGUCAGUGGGGCCAGAUCCCCAGCGGGGGUCACUCGGCCGUAGCUCCAUUGAGGUCAAUGGGGCCAGAUCCCCAGCUGGGGUCACUCGGCCGUAGCUCCAUUAAGGUCAAUGGGGCCAGAUCCCCAGCGGGGGUCACUCGGCCGUAGCUCCAUUGAGGUCAAUGGGGCCAGAUCCCCAGCGGGGGUCACUCGGCCGUAGCUCCAGUGGGGUCAAUGGGGCCAGACCCCCAGCUGGGGUCACUCGGCCGUAGCUCCAGUGGGGUCAGUGACACCCGCUGAGGGUCUGGCC